UGGCCUCACACGCCCCUCCGUCUCGGGGAGUUUUACCGCGCGCGUUUUCGCCGCGCUGCCCUAGGCGUUCCACCGGCUCGGGGGCUCCGCGCGACGGCCGGGUCCAGCGGUGACCAGCGCGGGGUGGCUCCCGAGCAGGACCUGCCCUCCCGCCCUCCGAGGCGAUGCCGCGUAGGCCGCCGACCGUCCGCUCGGGGAACAAGCCUUCUCCCGCGCCCGCUAUGGAGCCGGCUGACGACGGGCCCUGGGCCUACAGCCGCGCGGCGCUCGCCCGCCUGGAGAGGCUGCUGCGCUGCUCCCGCUGCGCUAAUAUUCUGAAAGAGCCCGUGUGCUUAGGAGGAUGUGAGCACAUUUUCUGUAGUGUUUGUAUAAGUGACUGUGUUGGAUCAGAAUGUCCAGUAUGUUGCACCCCGGCCUGGAUCCUAGACCUCAGGAUAAACAGACAGUUGGACAGCAUGAUCCAGCUUUAUAGUAAACUUCGAAAUUUGCUACAUGACAAUAAACUUUCAGAUCUCAAAGACAACACAUCUAGGGCAGAUUUAUUUGGUAAUCCAGAAAGAAAGAGGAAUUCAAUUAAAAUGUGGUUCAGCCCUCGAAGGAAGAAGGUUAGGUACGUGGUGAGUAAAGAGUCAGUGCUAACCCAGCCUGGAAAGGCGGAGGAUGGCAGAACCCAAGGAGCCUCCAUAUAUGAUUUUUUCUCUACAAGUUCCCCUGAAGUUGUUUCUAAGAGGGCCAAAGCAGCUUCUAGAACAUCUGCAAAAAAGCAGCAGAAGAAAUCUUCAGGUGAGAUUAACCAGGAGGGGAAUUUAAGGCCAGAAACAGAUAAUAGUAGAUUUGAUUCCAACGGGGAAAUGGAGAAGGUUGUCUCCUGUAGCCGAAUACCAGUUGUGAAAAGUCCACAGGUAAAUGGUGAAAUAGACUUAUUAGCCAGUGGUUCUGCUGAAGAAUCUGAAUGUUCUGGAGGAUUGACUGAACUCUCCUUACCAUUGGCUGAGCAUAUAGUGUCUCCAGACAUUGUGAGCAAGGAAGAGACACCUGAGAAGAAGGUCUGUGUAAAAGAUCUUCGUUCAGUAGGGCGUUAUGAAAAUCACAAAGGCUGCAGCAGGCCUCCCAGUCCUGUUUCUAAGAAUUGUGGGAGCAACGUUCUGAGCCCCAGCAGAGAUGUCAUUAAACCAGCAGUGCUUGCAGAAAAUAUGCUGUUGGUUGACUGUUCUUCUGCUCCUUCGGACCAACUUCAAGUUGAUGUCACACUCAGGAGAAACAGUAACAUAUCAGAUGACUCACUCAGCCUUUCACCGGGUGCACCCCUACCUCUGCUGAAUAAUUCAACUCACGGACAAAUGAUGCCAAGCCCCUCCACAGUGAAGCUGUCACCCAGUAUUGUGGCAGGGAAGAGAAAUCACAGAGGAGAGACUUUGCUUCAUAUUGCUUCUAUUAAGGGCGAUAUACCUUCUGUUGAAUACCUCUUGCAAAAUGGAAACGACCCAAAUGUUAAAGACCAUGCUGGAUGGACACCAUUGCAUGAAGCCUGCAGUCAUGGGCACCUGAAGAUAGUGGAAUUGCUGCUCCAACAUAAUGCUUUGGUGAACACCACAGGCUAUCAGAAUGACACACCACUCCACGAUGCGGCCAAGAAUGGGCACAUAGAUAUAGUUAAGGUGUUAUUGUCCUAUGGCGCCUCCAGGAAUGCUGUUAACAUAUUUGGUGUACGGCCCGUGGAUUAUACAGACAAUGAAAAUAUAAAAUCACUAUUGCUGCCACCAGAGAAGAAUGAAUCAUUCUCUACUAGCCAGUGCUCAGUCGUGACUGCUGGACAGCGAAGGAAUGGGCCAUUGGUGCUGAUAGGCAGUGGACUUUCUUCACAGCAGCAGAGAAUGCUCAGCAAACUUGAGACAGUUCUUAAGGCUAAAAAGUGUGCUGAGUUUGACAGUACAGUAACUCAUGUCAUUGUUCCUGAUGAUGAAGCUCAAAGUACUUUGAAGUGUAUGCUUGGGAUUCUCAAUGGAUGCUGGAUUCUGACGUUUGAAUGGGUGAAGGCCUGUCUGCACAGUAAAGUACGUGAGCAGGAGGAAAAGUAUGAAGUUCCUGGAGGUCCACAGAGGAGCAGGCUCAACAGAGAGCAGCUGUUGCCAAAGCUGUUUGAUGGAUGCUACUUCUUUUUGGGGGGAAACUUCAAACAUCAUCCAAAGAACGACCUCCUUAAGCUCAUUGCUGCCGCAGGAGGCAAGGUGCUCAGUAGAAAGCCCAAGCCAGACAGUGAUGUGACUCAGACCAUCAACACAGUGGCGUACCAUGCCAACCCUGAUUCUGACCAGCGCUUCUGCACACAAUAUAUCGUCUAUGAAGAUCUGUUUAAUUGUCGCCCAGAAAGGGUUCGGCAGGGCAAAGUAUGGAUGGCUCCUUCCACCUGGCUUAUCAGCUGUGUAAUGGCCUUUGAAUUGCUUCCUCUUGACAGCUGAGUGUCAUAUUGUGAACAUUUUAAGUUGAACAUGCAUGGUUUAUGGGAACCCAGCAAUUGUGAUGUGUUUGAUCAUUCAUAUUUUUAUCAAUAGGUAGAGCCAUUUAUAUUCCCCCCCUUAGAAUUGCAAAAUAAAACAACUGAUGCUAGGUUAGGAAUUCAUUUAGAUGGCAGUAUUGCUUUUAAGAUUCUUUGUUCUCUUGAGGUUGUAGCUAUAACUCAGUGGUAGAGUCUUCAUGAACCAUGCAUGAGUCAUGAGGUUCCAGCCUGGGAACUGCAAGGAAGUUUUCAUUUUACAACUGGCCUGUGAUUUUUGAUUGAUCAUGUCUUUCAGUUUUAUCAGUAUGUAUCACAGAUUAAUAAGUGAGAUGGCACCAGAACUACUUGUUAAUAUAUAAGUGGUCUAUUAAUUUAGCAUCCUUAGUAAAUAGUAUCAUCAGAUCUAUUCUGCCUUAGUUACAAUGACAAUAGAAUAUCUAUCAAAGUGUGCCAUUAUAAAGUUCUAUUUGCAGAUAUCUUUUUCUUACAUUGUGUUUUAGUUUCUUAUAUUUUCUAGGCCUUCAUUCAUGUUUAUUCAUUUUUAAAUUCUGUGUAUACAUUAAUUAAGAAAUCAUGAUUUGAACCAUUGGGUGUUAGUGACAAAGUCAUCAGUAUCCUUGUGUGUGUGCUUUUAUUGUGCACAUCUGCUCUCUGUCUACUGUGCAUGUGUGCAGACCUCUGUUUUCUGUAACUUAGUUUAUUAGUGCUGCUAAUCUUGCCAGUUUAGAAAACUAUCAAACAUCGAUUUACUAGAUUAGAAGCAAUCUGUUUAUAGUAAAUCUUUCUGGGCAUUACUAAAGUAAGCCUCUAUAAAGAUUAAUCCCUUCACCUUACUUUUUUUCUUUCUUCUUUUCCUCUCUUUCUUCUUUCCUUUUAUUUAUGAUACUGGGUAUGGAAGUCAAGAUCUUGUGCAUGCUAGGUAGUUACCUACCACAAAACUAUAUCCUCAGCCCAGGUUUAAUCUUAAUCUUAAUCUCUCUCUCUCUCUCUCUCUCUCUCUCUCUCUCUCUCUCUCCCUCUCCCUCUCUUCCUCUCCCUCCUGACAGAUGAAGGGUUGGGAUGGGAGCCUUGCACUUGCCAGGUAACUGAGCUAUAUUCUCAAUACUAUUUUUAUUUUUAGACUGUUUUAUUGAGUUAUCCAGGAUGGUCUUGAACUCACUCAGUUUUAAUUUCUUUAUGAAGUUUUUAGGUUGAUGAGUAGGCAAAAGUUGGAAAUGAAUUGAUUCAUAAUAUUUUUACCAUAUCCUGCACAGGGGCCAUAAUGGUAAAUAGGGAAGUAUGAGUGAGAAGAACUUCUUCUCAAUAUGGAAAUAACCAAGGCAGAGUAGUAGGAGGGCACUGUGUGCACGUGCGCACAAUGUCUGCUUAGCCUGUCUCUCCUGCAUGUCCUCAUUGUGAAUGGACAGGAUCUAUAUUCAGCUUCAUCGAGUAGGAUAAAGAUAUUGUGGAGAUAGUGUCCCCAUAGGGUGGCUUUUCAAUAUGCCGAGGGGGCUGCUUCAGGAAGGUGGGAGCUGAGCAUAUGGAGGAGACAUCUUUGGCCUCUUUGCUGAACUUGGAGUUAAAGUCACACAGCUGAGCCACCCAUUCCCACUCAGUGCCUAGGGAUGACUCAUUAAAUUUUGCCUACAAAGACUUCUGCUGCCCUGUUGUUUGCUGUUGUAGCUGCUCAUCCUGUUUCAAAUGCCAUCCUUCUAGCUCCUUUAUUGCUUUUUCUUUCCACAUUGCUUCUUGCUUCCGAGAAAUGGCUCAAGGGCUUCCGAGCGCUCCGUUUGCUCUUCUCUCCAUGUACAGAUACUUUCAGUUUCUGAUGGCAGUGGAUCCACUUCUGAAAUAGCUGCACAGCUGUCUAUCAGACCAUUACUCUCCAGGUCAUUUUCACCUUCCUGACUCUAACAACAGCAUCUAGAGUUGGUAUAUGUUGAGCUUUAUUACCUUAUCUUGUACUUCCUUUUGUACAAAUACUUACAAUUUGUAUUUUCCCUUAAUAUAUUUAAACUUAACUCAUCUCACAUAAAUCAUUAAAAUUAUUUGUGCGUGUA